AUCCAAAUUUUCAGAAACUAUGAAGGACCUCAUCGAAAUGGUAUCCGACUUUGCCGGUUUCCAAUACACCCCGAAAUUCAAAUCCUACACAACCCCACCGACGCCAUGUACCUCUGGAGCAACUACGCCGGUGAGGAAGCUCUCGGAGCCGGCAGUGGCUCCGUAUCCGGAGAGAAGGCAUUCGGUUAUUAUUACUGUUGGAGUGAACAAAUCAUCGAAAUUCCCCGAGCUCCAGCGACAACGAAUUGUGGAAUAAUAUCGAUUUUUUCUUCAAUUUUUAAUUUAAAGUUAGAGUAGCUUUUAAAGAAUUAAUACUUUGAAAUUGAAUUGUAACAAUGUUUGUAAAUAUGUAUAAAUAUUGAAUAUUGAUU